AUGGAAAAUGGAACAUAUAUUGAUGAUUUUUUCGGAGGCAAAGAUACUCUAGAGAAAGCUUGUAAAGUAGCAGACCAGGUAAAUAGGCUCUGCAUGGCGGGCGGUUUCACAUUGAAAAAGUGGAUUAAUAACGAUCCUUACGUUCUUAAAUUUAUUCCUAAACAGAAUCGAAUUAGUGCGUCAACUAUUCAAAUUGAUGAUUCCUCAAUUGUUCAUGCUCUCGGAUUAGCAUGGCAUCCAUCCACGGAUCAAUUUAAUUUCACUUUACGUUUAGAUGAACCGAAGACUAUCUAUAAACGAACUAUCUUGUCAACUAUCUCCAAACUGUUUGAUCCGCUUGGAUUCAUAUCUCCUAUUACCAUUACUGGUAAAAUUCUAAUACAAGAAUUGUGGUCUAGUGGACUGGGGUGGGAUGAUUCACUCCCUCCUGUACUUAUAGAUAAAUGGUCAGAUUUUAUAAAAAGGCUGCAAGAUGCUUCAAACUUUACUUUUCCAAGAUGGAUCGGUUUUAAUUCGAUUGACUCAUUUGAACUCCAUGGGUUUUGUGAUGCUUCUCAGCAGGCAAUAAGUGCAGUAGUAUAUCUCAGAUUUUGUUCUAGCGAUGCAUCCGUUACCACUACUCUUGUAGCUUCCAAAACAAAGGUCGCACCUUUGAAACGACUUACAAUACCAAGACUUGAGCUUUUAGGAGCUGUAUUACUCGUUAAAUUAGUAAAAUCUAUCCUUCUUACAAUGGGAAAACCUGUACCGAUAUUCGCAGGGAUAGAUUCUCAAGUAGCUUAUACAUGGAUUACUAAUCAUCCUUCUCGUUGGAAGGAGUUUGUACACAAUAGGGUUUGUUACAUACAAGAAACAUUGCCACAAUGCAAAUGGAGAUUGGUGCCAGGAGUAGAAAAUUCAGCAGAUUUAGCAACUAGAGGAAUUACUUCUUCUCAACUUACUGAAAGUUCUAUAUGA